AUGUUUGAAAGUAUAUACUUUAUCUUUUUAAGCAUAGCAAUUAUCGGUGCUAUUAAUUCUAUACUUUUACUCUAUUAUAAUUCUGUACGAAAAUCAUACCAUGCCAUUGGUGUAAACACCGACCAUAAAACAUAUCAAGAUGUUGGUGUACAGACCGAUGAGUCAACUUCUUUACAACAAGAAUCGUCAUUGUCAUCGAGUGAAGAUAAUACCAUUGCAGAUAUAAAUAAUGAUGUGGUUUCAGUUGAUAGCUUGACCGAACCUGUAGAUUUAGAAACUUCAAAAGGUCUUAUUAUUGUUAAUCUCGAAUCCGAAUCCGACAUUGAUGACGAACUAAAUAUAAUGACAAAUAAUACCAAUACCGUUAUCGCUAAAUCUAUUGUAGAAGACAAUGAAUCAAAUGAUGAUGUCAGCACCAACGACAGUGAUAUUGAUGAUGAAUACGAUAGCACUGACAACACUACGAAAUCUGAUGAUGAUAUUAUUCAAGGAAAUAAUUGUUUGAUGCAAGUUGCUCACGUUGAAUAUGUUGAAUCUGAAAUUAGUACAAACAAUAUUGUUGUAAAUUAUAACGUUGUAAAUAAUGCUGUAAAUAAUAAUGUAGAUAUAAAAUCAAAAGAAAACUUCAAUUACUCAAAUACUGAUUUUAAAAAUGUGCUAGGCUCAAAUGGUGGUGAUAAUAUCAAUAUAUAUGAUGAAAAUACAAACCCAAAAGAAAAUAUUAAUUACUCAAACGCCGAUUUUAGUUCAACUGUUACUAAACCACAAUCAAAUGAAAAAGGAGAUUUAAUGCUAAAUGAGAGUAAUGGCAAUGACAAUGUGGUAACUGAUUCAAAUAGCAAAAUUAAAGUUGAUUUGACCAAUAAAUCUUUGAAUGAUAGUGGUGUUACACGGACUUCAAAUGACAUUGUUUUUGAAAAUGUGUUAGGUUCAAAUGAUGAUGAUUUAACCAUUAAUGAUACUAGGAAUGGAACGUUUAAUGCUGAAACCGAAGUCACAACUAUUAAUGGUGAUGUUAAAAACGAAUUGGAUAAUGAUAGUGAAGGCGUAAUAGUAUCACAAAACGGCUACAAUAACACCAGUUUGACAUGUAGUUCUAAUCAUGAAGAGCCACAAGCUGAAACAGGAACCAAAUUAAAUGGAGAUGGUUAUCAACAUGUUUCAUAUAACCAAUCUGAUAAUGAUGAUAACAGUUGGCUAAAAAAAGCGGCAAUAUUUGAAGCAGAAUUACGAUCAAGUGGCUAUAAUCUAGAUAAUGAUAAUGUUUUCAGUAGCAGCAGUAAUAAUCCUAAUAAGGUUCAAACUAAUCAAAAUGGUCGUGGUUGGGGAUCGAAUAACCGAGACGAUGAAAGCGAAUGGGAAAAACUAACUGCAAAAUUUAAAGCUGAAAUAAAUAAUUCAAGGAGUAAUGGUCGUUCAAAUAAUAAAAAUAAUGAAGGUUCACGGAGUAGAAACAACAACAACAACCAAACCAUAAGCAAAGUUAAUCAAGAAACUUUUUGCAAUAGUUGUAAAAAAGUAGGUCAUGCACCUUCUGAAUGUCCAGAGAAUGAAAUUAAUGCAAAAAUAGCAUGGACUAAAUUAGUUACCGCGGAUUCACAAAAGGAUUUUGAAGGGGUAAAAGAAGCUUUUGAGAUGUACACUAAGGCAGCAUCUCACGAGACUUUUCAGUCUAUUGAAACUAAAUUAAGAAAAGAAAAUUGUAAUUGUAAGAUAAUAGCAAUACAACGUGAAGGAAUCCCUUUGAGAAAAUGUAUAGCUGACCUUCAAGGAAACAAGGGAAAGAAAUAUGUUGCUUCUUUGAUAAUGAUCUCGCCACAUCUUCUUCCGCGAUCUGCUGGUAUUAGAGCACAGAGUGAACAAGAAAAUUUCGAUUGGUUGGCAGACUCUGGUCAAUUAGUUGAUGAUUUAUCUGUUCCAAUUUGUUACAAUUGCAAAAAGCGAGGUCAUUAUAGUCGUGAUUGCUCUCAAUAUAAUAUCAAAGAACAUAGCAAAUUUGAUAACAAAAUUAAUAGUGCGAAUAAUACAUCACCCUUUAAUUGUCAUAAAUGCGGAUCCAAUGAAAACCGUCAUAACUGCCCUUAUAGUGAAAAUUCACCAUCACCACAACGACAGCAACGAUCAGCACUUGUUGGUAGAUAUAAUCACCAUCACAUAAUUGAUCAUAAUAGCAACAUGAAAGAUUUUUUUGAUAGAUCAUAUGGUGAACAAUGUUACAAUUGUGGGUCCACGGGACAUCACAUUCGUAACUGUCCUCGUAGUGAAAAUUCACCAACAUCAUCACAACAACAAUCAUUCAUGAGAAGGGAUCAUAAUAAUUAUUAUGAAGAUAACACAUUUGGUAAUAACAGAUUGGAUAAUAAUAACUUAUGGCAACAACAGGCACCAGCAUUUGUGAAAGGAGGAGGACAUCGUCACCGAGAUCAUAAUAAUUAUGAAGAUAACACAUUUGGUAAUAACAAAUUGAAUAAUAACCCAUUAAGCGGAAAGUGCUUCAAAUGUGGAUCUCCAGAGCAUCAUGCUCGUUCAUGUACUCGUGAUGAAAACUUACAGCAGCAACAAAAAACAUCGGUAAGAGGAGGAGGAUAUCGUCACAGAGAUAGUCAUCAUGAAGGGAAUAACACUUUUGGUAGUAGCAAAUUGAAUGGUAACUCAUCAAACAGAAAGUGCUUCAAAUGUGGGUCCCCAGAACAUAAUGCUCGUUAUUGUACUCGUAGCGGAGAUUCAAAACAACAAAAGACAUCAACUUUUGUAAGAAGAGGAGAUCGAGAUCAUUACAGAAAUAAUAAUAAUCAUUAUUGA